CCGGCAACGCUUCUGGUUAGGCGUCGCGAAAACACUCCAGCUCGAGCUUUGAGACUGUACGUGCGUCGACGUCGUUGCGUGCUGAAGAGAUACACUACAACCAAAACCAACCAACCAGCAGCAGCAACUCCCAGUGGUAGUUUUAUCAAAGCAGUUAGUGGGCUCUACUCGUAAAGAGCAAUUCGUAUAGAAGAGCAUCCAGAAGAGUUAAUAAACAGAUAAAGAAGUAUAGCUGAGAUGGCAACAGAAGUAGAGAACAACAUCCCGGCGACGGAGACCAAGGAUAUCAAGGAGGAGGCACCUCCGGCGGUCACCGACAACAAAGCCGAAGAGGCAAAGCAGGAAAACUCCGGAGAGGCUGAGACGCCCGUCGUCGCCGCCGCCGUCGCAACCACCGCAAAGGAACCGGCGGCACCCAAAGUCGUCGUGCAUAAGAACAACUUCGAGAAGGAAGUCGUCUAUCUGUACCAGUUCACCCGCACCCCCCUGCUUCCAUCGCUGUCGCCCUAUUGCCUUAAGGUGGAAACCUGGCUCAGGUUGGCCGGUCUGCAAUACGAGAAUGUCGACCACAAGAUGAAGUACCGCUCCAAGAAAGGUCAGCUGCCCUUCGUCGAGUUCAACGGUGAAGAGAUCGCCGACAGCGCGUUCAUCGUGAAGGAACUCUCCAAGCACUUUGACAAGGACUUGGACGCGUUCCUCACGCCUGAACAGCGCAACGUCGCGCACGCCAUGAUCUCUAUGAUCGAGAAUCACCUCGUCUGGAUCAUCUUCUGGUGGCGCACCAAGUACCCCGAUCAGGUGCUCAAAGGUUACAAAGUCAACCUGCAGCACGCCCUUGGAACGAGAAUACCGAACGGAAUCCUCAACUUCUUGUUCAAGUUCGCUUUCGGUCGCAAGUGGUUACAGGGCGCGAAGAAAGUGAAGGCUCAGGGCAUCGGUGUGCACACUGCCGAGGAGAUCAACGAGUUCGGAAAGUCCGACCUGAAGGUCCUCUCCGAGAUGCUGGACGAUAAGCCGUUCUUCUUCGGCGAUGAACCCACGACCUUGGAUGUGGUAGCGUUCUCCACUUUGGCUCAGAUCUACUUCAUCGAGAAAGAGGUCAGCUACCCGCUCCGCGACUACAUGGUGGAAAGCUGCGCCAACCUGGUGGGUCUGGUGAACCGCGUGAAGGAACGCUGCUUCCAGGAUUGGGAUACCAUCUGCGACACCCUGGACCUCAACUCGCAUCUGCCGAAACCGGCUCCCGAAGAGACCAAGGACAAGGAGGGAAGCAAGGACGAGAAGGAGGGCGACAAAGAGAAGGAGCCCGAAGAUAAGGACAUCGAGAAGGAAAAGGCUGACGAGAAGGAAAAGGAGAAGGAAAAGGACACGGAGGAGAACAAGGAGAAGGAGGCAAAGUGAAGUGACGGACAGCAGCAGCGUCCGAUCCAUUGAAGAAGGGCCCACUGCCGUUUCGACAUUAAACAUCUCCUCUAUCCUCCUCAUCCUCACACAUCCCCCCCCCGCAUACACAUACAUCUACCCCCCUUUCAUCUACCCCCUAAAAAACACAUACACGAAAAAAAAGAAGAAAUUCAUUUUAUACUCUCAACGUGCAAAAAAAAACAAG